AUGGAACCUGAAAAGGAGCUGGUGACCACAGGUGGAAAAACUGAAUCUGAGGCUGAAGGCACUGGAUUUGCAGGAUUGGAAGCAGAGGAGAAGGUGAGGAAGCCAGACAAGAUGCUGAGACAAUCAGAAUGUGCUCCAGCAGAGAGCAGUGAGGCAGAUGAUCAGUUAAGCACUUCAGGACUCCAAGUUAAGAGUGUUAAGAACAGGGAAAGUAUUGAAAUAGACAAGGAAAAUAUACUAGAAAAUGAGAGAGUUGAAGAUGUGUCAAAGGAUGGACACAUGGAUCCUGACAGCAGCGCUGCAGAGAACAUUGAUGAAGUAAAAGAAAACAAACCAGAACCACUCCCAACUGCUGGGAAAGCAAAACUCCACGCUCACCUUAGCAAAUAUGAACAGGAAGAGAGGGUGAAUGAUGAGGGCAGAGAGCUGGAGGAUGGCUCUUUCCUCUCCAAGCAGCAGAGGACAUUGAAGGAGAAACCUGGCGAGUGUGAGAUCCCAGAACAAGAACCUGUGCACAGUGAGGAAGGAUCCAAGCACCUGCACACCCGCUCUGCCUUUAGAAAAGUCACCAGCUGGCUUGGCCAGAAACCUGCCAGGAAAGCAAGGCUGAAAGCUCGACUGCUGAGUGUGGCACGAGCAAUUGGUAUCUCCAGGUGGCUCUUGAAGAAAUUUGGGAAGAAGAAGAGGAGCAGCAAACCUUUUGGAUUCAGAACGUGGCUGAGCUCUGAGCUGCUGCUGCCACGGCCAACCAUGGAGAACCUGAGCAAAUGGGCCACGUCCAGGGAGCCCCAGCUGGCCAGCAGCCGUGGGAGGCUCUGCAAGGACCAGUGGGAGGCAGAUGAUAUUGCUGACAGCGUGCUGGAGAUGGAGUUCAUGCAGAAACAGGUGUUCACGUGUGAAGAGCACUGUGCAGAAGUUGAGGAGAUUGAAGAUCUGACCAGACUGGAGGAGGUCUCUGAGAGCUCAGUCCUGCUGUGCCUGAAGAAGAGGUUCCAUUGCAAUCUCAUUUAUACUUAUAUUGGGGAAAUUUUGAUUUCUGUGAAUCCUUUCAAAGACCUCAGUAUCUACUCUGAAGAUGUGGCUAUCGAGUACCAGCAAGGGACUCUCUCAAAAAGCGCCCCACACAUCUUUGCCAUAGCAGAGAUGGCCUACACGCUGUCCCAGUCGUCAGGGCAGGAGCAGUGUGUCCUCAUCAGUGGGCACAGUGGAUCAGGUAAAACAGAAGCUGCCAAAGCCAUUGUGCAAUACCUGACCAUGCUGUACCAGGGAUCUGACAGCCACAGGAUCAGACAGCCCUGCAAUGUUCUUCCCAUCCUGGAGAGUUUUGGAAAUGCAAGAACCAUCCUCAAUGACAACUCCAGCCGUUUUGGAAAGCUGCUGAGUGUCCACCUGCGACAUGGCAUUGUGGUGGGAACAUCCAUCUCCCAGUACCUGCUGGAGAAGUCUCGUGUGGUGUUUCAGGCCCACGGUGAGAGGAACUACCACGUGUUCUACGAGCUGCUGGCAGGGCUGCCCAUGGAGCAGAAAGAGGAGAUGUACCUGCAGGAGGCAGAGUCCUACUUCUACCUGAACCAGGGCAGAGCAUGUGAAGUCCUGGGGAAGGAGGACAGUCAGGAUUUUCUGGUCUUGGUGCAAGCUCUGGAGGGAAUUGGCCUCUCAGAGGAUCAGCUGAGCUCCACCUGGGCUGUCCUGGCUGCCAUCCUGCAGCUGGGGAACAUCUGCUUUACCUCCUAUGAGAAAGACUCCUUUGAACAUGCAGCCAUCGCCAGUGGGGCUGAAAUUCAGAUUGUGGCCAGUCUGUUGUGUGUGUCAGCAGAGCUGCUGCAGAGGGCUGUCACUCACCGUGUCACUGUUACAUCUUAUGAUCGGAUAUUCACCCCUCUGUCUGUGGAAGGAGCCAUUGAUGCCAGGGACUCCAUUGCCAAGGCUCUGUACUACCUGCUCUUCGAGUGGCUGCUGCUGAGGAUCAAUGAGUGGUUGGCUCCCUGGGAGUCUGACUGUGCCGUGGGCAUUGUGGACCUCCAUGGCUUUGAGGAUCUGGGGGUGAACAGCUUAGAGCAGCUCUGCAUCAACUUUGCCAAUGAGCACCUGCAGAGGUUCUUCAGCCAGACUGUCAUUGCCCAGGAAGAGGAGGAAUACAGCCAGGAGCAGUUGGCUUGGAUUCCUGUUUCCAAGACGUGCAGCGAGUCGUGCCUGGAUUUCCUUACUGCAAAGCCCCACGGCCUCCUGUGCAUCCUGGAUGACCAGACAUCCCUGACUCAGGCCACAGACCACACUUUCCUCCAGAAGUGUCAUUACCACCAUGGAAACAGCCCUUGGUACAGCAAGCCCAAGCUGCCUUUGCCAGAGUUCACUGUGCAGCACUAUGCUGGCCCUGUCACCUACCAGGUGCACAAGUUUCUCAGUAAAAACCGUGACCAGCUGCGGCCAGAGGUGCUGGAUAUCUUCUCCCAGAGCCGCCUCAAGGUGGUGUCUGAGAUUUUCCAGAGGGCUAAAGCUGCCUAUGGUCAGCAAAGGGAGCUGAGGGGCAGAGGGCUCAGGCCUCAGGCCUCCACACUGGUGUCCAAAUUCCAGCAGUCUUUGCAGGACCUCACAGCCAGGCUGAGAGGGAGCCAUGCCUUCUUCAUCCGCUGCAUCACCCCUAACCCCAGGAAGCUGUCAAAUGUCUUUGAUGUGGAAUAUGUCAACUGUCAGCUGCGACAUUCUGGGAUACUGGAGGCCAUCCACAUCCUGAAGGAGGGGUUCCCAGUCCAUCUGCCAUUCCAGAGCUUCCUGGCCAGGUACGGGCUCCUGGCUGGGAGCAGCCCCAGCAGCUUGGAGCAGAGGGAAGGCUGUGCAGCAGUGCUGGCCCACGUGGUGGGGAACCCCUCGGAUCUCUACCAGAUUGGGGUGACAAAGGUGAUGUCUACAGACAAUCUCAUCUGGAUUGCACAGCCCCACCCACCAUGCCCAGGCUGGCAAACUGCUGCCUUUGCCCAGGUGUUUCUGAAGGAGAAGGGCAGGCAGCUGCUGGAGAGGCGAUGGCAGCAGAGGCAGAGCUGGGCCGUGGUCACCCUGCAGAGGAAAUUCCGCCGCCUCCUCCAGCGCCGGCGCCUCCGCGUGCUCCAGGAGAAAGUCACACUGAUCCAGGCUCACUUCCGAGGCUACCAGGCCAGGAAGCGUUACAGGAGGCUGAAGAAGACUUUGGUGCAAUUUAAAACCGUGAUUGUGAUCUCCAGACCUUUGAUUCAGUGGAGGAAGCGCUGCCAGCAGGAUUUAGAGGAAAGGAAACAAAGAAGGAGCUCCCUGGCCUGUGCUGACACAGGAAAUAGUCCCAGCCAAGGAAUGGACGUGGGGCUGCUGGAGAUCCCUGCAGAGCUCGCAGCCCUCCUGCACUUUGUUGAAGGCCGACACCAAGCACAGGCCAACCAGAUAACUGAGACACAGCCCCCAGAAGUGAAGGUCAAGGAUGACCUUUCCCUCCCACCCACCAUCAACAGCCAUCCCUUCUCCUCCUUCAUCAAAUCACACUUCCAGAAGCCAGAUUUCCCUGCCCCUGGUCAGCCUCUGCAGCACCCCUUAACCCACCUGGAUGCUGAACACCAGGAGAGUGCACUUGAGAUAAACAAACUGAUUUUGCGCUUCAUCGGUGACCAGAGUCUCCAUGGCUGGCAGGAGGUCCUGCUGGGCAACUUCAUUGCUGGCAGAGGUUUGAGGGACGCUGCUCUGCGUGAUGAAAUCUUCAGCCAGGUGGUUGCCCAGAGCUGGAGGAACCCGGACACGGAGCGCAGCCGGCGGGGCUGGCUCCUCAUGGCCACUCUGCUCAGCUGCUUCGGCCCCUCACCUGCACUGCAGAAACCUCUGCUGAAGUUUGUGUCAGACUAUGGCAUGGAGGGCUACAGCGCCGUGUGCCAGCGCAAGAUGCUGAGGGCGGCCCAGUGCAUGGGGACAGGGCCUGCACCUGCUCGGGCUUACCCUCCCACCCAGCUGGAGUGGACAGCAAACCAGAGGAGAGGGAAGAUGGUGCUGGAUGUUCACACCUUUAAUGAGGAGGAGUUCUCAGCUGAGGUGGAGUCCUGGAUGACUGGGGAGCAGUAUGCAGCCUGGAUCCUGAGUGCAAGGGGCUGUGACAAGAACACUCGAGGGUGGUCUGUCUCCAUGUUCACUGGCAACACGUGGCAGGACCUGCUGGGCUGUGACUUUGUGCUGGACCUCAUUGGAGAGAUGGAGGACACCAGCAACUUCCUCAGCUCCUCCCGGGCCCCCACUGAGUACCCCAUCACCCCAGAAAGGGACAGGAGCAUCCUGCAGCCCUCUGACCUGGACAUGAUCCCUCCUGCCCCAGGUAUCCAGGCCCCUGCCUUCCCCCCACCCAGCCUCCCUCCAGAGCUUGUUGGUCUCCAUCCAGAUCCAAGGUUUAGAGAUGACCUGAGGGUCCCUGUGGGCUUGGAUCACUAUGUGGAUGAUCUCUUCAGCCCUGUGCUGCAUCAGAGCUCCAGAGCAUCUGAUAUGGAGAACAGUGAGAAUCUCACCAGACGCAUGAAAGGCGGUGGGAAGAUUGGCCCCACACAGAGAGGAAUCUUUCCUUCUACAGGAUUGUCUGGAAUGACCCAAACACCAGUUUACCAGCCCAUGCCCUCCAUGAUGGGGAUGCCAGCAGCCAUGCCCAUGAUGCCAGGGGUUGGUGGGGUUGCACCUAUGCCAGCCAUGAUGAUGCCCCAGCCCGUGGUUCCAGCUGUGGAUCCCAGCCAGCUGGCAGCACAGCAGCAAGCCUUUAUCAACCAGCAGGCCAUGCUCAUGGCCCAGCAGAUGACCCUUCAAGCCAUGACCAUUUCCCAGCAGCAGCAGCAGCAGGAGCUGCAGAAGCAGCAAAAGUCCCUUGAGAACUCCAGGCCAAGAGCCUCCAGCCCAGCCCAAGCCUCAGCCCCAGCCACUCUCCCCAAACCCAAGAAGCCUCCCAGCAGCCAGGCUGCUGCAGCACCAUCAAGGUCUCCAGAGCCACCAGCUAAGGCCAAAGAGCUGGAUUAUGACUAUGUGGAAGAGGAGUUCUCCAGCAGUGAGGAUGAUGAUUGUCCUCGGGAAACCUUCCAGCAGAAGAGAGAGUACUUCCAGAAGAUGGGAGAGCAGCACAUCCGAGUGAAGAAAGUCAGACCUAGCAAAACCUGGACUCCUCCAGCAAAACCCCAGCCAACAGAGGAGGAGGAGGAGGAGGAGGAAAAGAGAGAGGAGAUGGAGAAGAGGAAAAAAGAGGAGAUGGAGAAGAGGAAAAAAGAGGAGCUGGAGAAGAGAAAAGAAGAGAAGCCUGUCCCUAAACCAGAGCCAGCUCCUGCUUCCCCUAUGCCACCUCCUGAGCCAAAGCCAAAAAAGGAGACACCAAAACCAAAGAAGGAGCCGCCUGUAGUGAAGCCUUCAGGCCCAGAGAAGCGUCCUGCACCCAGCCAUGAGAUCGGGAACAUCAUCAAAAUGUACCAGAGCAGACCAGCCCCCGAGCCCCAGCCCAUCCAGCCCAGCAGGAAAGUAUCCAAGCCAUUUAUAAAGAAGAACGACCCCAAAAAUGAGGCUCUGGCCAAGCUGGGAAUGAUGAACCCCUCACCUCAGCGAUCACCAUCUCCUGUGCCACAGGAGAAGAAAAUACCUCCACCUGUCAAGCCCAAGCCAGGCCCAGCUUCCAGCUCUAUCAAGGAAAAGCAGCUGCCCCUCUUAUCCAUCUUCAAACCAGAGGGUGCCCCCCCAGCUGCCCAGGCCCCUCAUGCUCCCCCUCUUCCCCCAGCAACCCCUGAGGACCAAGGCUGGCAGGAACCCCCAGGGAAUGACUCUGCUGUGACAGUGGCAGGUGAUGAUGGGAUCAAGACCCAGCUGUACAAGCUCACCACCAGCGUCAGCUUCUCCUAUAUUGACCCUGCCUGGAAAAUUUUUCUGCGCAAAGAGGUGUUUUACCCCAAAGAAAAUUUCAGCCACCCUUACUGUCUGAACUUGCUGUGUGAACAGAUCAUCCGCGACACCUUCUCCGAGUCCAGCUUCCGGAUCUCCCGGGAGGAGAAGCGCAAGAUGAAGGAUCUGCUGAUGGAGUUCCGAGUUGGCAGCAAUGCCCAGUCCAUCCAGGAGGAGGGGAUAAAGAAGAGGAUUGUAGUGGCUGCUCGGGACAACUGGGCCAACUAUUUCUCCCGCCUUUUCCCAGUUCAGGGUGAGAAGGGAAGUGAUGUGCAGCUCCUGGGUGUUUCUCACCGGGGCAUGAGGCUGCUGAAGGUGGAGAAAGCAGCUGGAUACCAUCCUGAGCACCUCAAGAUCCUACGCAGCUACGGCUUUGCAGAGGUUCUGUCAGUGGAGAUGAAAGGCAGCAACUCCCUGGAGUUCUCCCUGAAGACAGAGCAGCUCAUCCUGCACUCUCCAAAGGCUCCGUGCAUCAAGGACAUGGUGGAACUCUUCAUGCAGGAGCUGAGGCAGGACACCAACUACGUGGUGGCUCUGCGCAGCUACAUCGUGGACGACAAGAGCCUGCUCAGCUUCAACAAGGGCGACCUCAUCGAGCUGCUGCCCAUGCAGGGCGUGGAGCCAGGGUGGCAGUUUGGCUCCACGGGUGGCCGCUGUGGUCUCUUCCCCACCAGCCUGGUGCAGCUGGCUCCUGCCAUUGACUACCUCAGCAGCAGCAUGGACAGACGGGGGGAGCAGAGAAAGGGCACCAGAGCUCCCCCAGAGAGCAGGAACACCAGCAGGGAGAGUUCUGUCCUCAGCCUGACACCAGAAGCCACCAGCACCAUGUUAGUGCCCGCUGGUGACCAUUACACCAUGAUUGACUUUGCCACCGCCUACUUCCGAGAGGCUCAGUCCGUGCAGGGCCUGAAGGGGACAUCUGCUGAGAAGAAGGAUGUGGCUGAGCUGGUGAAGCACACCAAGGUCCCAAUCCAGGCGUCUCUGCUCCGCUACUCUGACAGCGAGCUGAACGAGCUGGCUACAAAGAACUUCCAGACGCUGAUGAGGUUCAUGGGAGAUCAGCCAAAACACAAGCACCAGGCUGAGGUCCAGUGCAUCUAUGAAAUCCUUCAGCUGUGCAAGGAGAAGGAGAAUUUGCACGAUGAGAUCUACUGCCAGGUCAUCAAACAGGUCACCCACAACCCUCAGCAGGAGAGCGAGCUGCGGGGCUGGUUGCUCCUAAACCUGCUCACUGGGUACUUCCUGCCUUCCAAAAUCCUGAUGCCCUAUGCCACCAAGUUCCUGCAGCUGGCCAGCAGUGAUCCAUCCAGCGCCCACCAUGAUAUAGCCAAGAUCUGCCAGAGCAACCUGCGCAAAAACUUCCUGUACGGGGGCCGCCGGCACCUCCCCUUCCCUGUGGAGAUGGAGGCACUGCUGAAGGGACACGGCGCCCGCCGGCUGGUGGUGCUGAUGCCUGGAGGCCUGGAGUACCUCACCAGGAUCAGGACAUUCACUGUGGCCAAGGAGCUCUUACAGGAGAUCUGUGAGCAGAUGGGAAUAGGUGAACAGCAAGAAACACAGGACUUUGUUCUCUUUGCUAUCAGGAGUGACGACAAAAAUCUCGGUAAAAUGGUGAGGCCAAUAAAACUGGAGGAGUAUCUCCAUGAUUACCUGCUGGAGGACAUGCUGGUCACCGUGACCUUACGCAGGCUCAUCUGGAGGACACCUCUGCACUUUGACAACCAAGUUUACACAGAUGUCCAUUAUGGACAGGUGCUGUGGGAUUACCUGAAUGGGAGGAUCCUGCUGAACCAGAAUAAAGAAAUGGAGAUGCAGGUGGCCCUUUUGGCAAUGUUCCAGCACUGGGCCAAAGUGGAGCAGCAGAACUCUGCUCCCUCCAGGGAAGAGCUGAAGGAAUACACCCCCAAGAGCCUGCAGGCCUCCAUCAGCCCCAAGGCUCUGCACAGCCACGUGGCCACACUGCUGAGAACCAGGCAGCCCCUGCAGCCACGGGAGGCAAAAAUCCAGUUCAUAGAGCACGUGAUGAGAUUGCCUUUCUUUGGCUACUCCAUCUUCACAGUGGAGAGAAUCAGUGAUGACACUAUCCCUGUGCCCUGUUUCUUUGGUGUGAACAAGGAGGAGAUCAUUGUGGUGGAUGGCACCACCCAGGCCGUGUCCCGCGUGGUUGCCCUGAGGGAGCUGCAGAGGAUGCGCACCCUGAGGCCGCUCUCCGACGGGGGCCCUCCCGGCCUGGAGCUCCACUACGGCUCCCCCGACAGCCCCAGGGCCCUGUGGCUGGAACUGCCUCAGGCCAAAGAACUGUACCACACGAUUGUUGUCAUCCUGGAUAAAACAGAGCUGCACUCCUAGAGCCUCAAAGGAGGAGAAUGGCCAAGGAAAACAGCACUGUUUCCCUUUCUCUGAACUUGGUCAGUGCUCCCUGGCCUGUUUUUGGGAGAGAACUCUUCCAGAAGACACCCAUGGCCUCAGCCAGCUGCUUUCUAAGGAUGCCACCACAGCGUUUGUUGAUGGAGUGACCGUAACCCUCGUGACCUGCCACUCAGCCCUCAAGCACUUCCUUGGAACAAUCCAAGCUGUGGCUAAACAAACCCCAAGGGCCUCUCCACAACCACAGCCCCUUCCAACAAAGAGCAGCUGACCCAAAGCAAGCACUUGCCUUCAAGCUUUGCACUGUGCAACUCCUCCUUUCUGUUUUGAAUUAAUUAUCAUGAGCAAAGCCUGGUGCUUGCCAGAGAUUUGUGUAUCCCAAUGCCCAGCUGAGCUGUGCAAUGCCUGCAGGGGCUGCUGGUGCUUUCCAGGAGCCAGAUUUGUCUCUGAAUUGAUAUGCAGAGAUCCUCUAGCAGGAUUUGUGAAGCAAUUUGUACAAAGCAUCCUAAUUGAAAAGCAGAUCAGUGUUAAUCAUAGAAUUAUCACAUAUGCUAGGGUACAGAUUGAGCUGCAAUGGUAAGGAAGUUUAUUGUUAAUUAAUUUCUCACUGACAUAAUUAUAUGCAUAUGCUUCCCUCUACUAUAAAGAAGUCAGUCAUGGCCAUGCAGCUGUCAGACUUCAAUGAUGGCUCUGUGCCCAUGGGGGAGGCAUCUUCAAACAGAACUUGUAUUAUACUGAAUACUGUUUUGGGUUGUACAAAACUAUUUAAUUUAUUUUUAUUGCCACAGCUCUCCUAAUGACCUGAGGAGUAACUGCCCUUUAGGAAAUUGCAAUAAAAUAAUCACAGAGAUGUUCUGAAGGUAUGAUAUGCUAGAUCUUACAUCUAACCUGGGAAAACUUAACUGCAGGUAAUGGGCAAAGCUUGAGGAAAAUGUUGUCACUGUUGGCAGGGAAGGGGGAUAAAUCUGAGGGUGCUCAGUGCAAGCCCUGAUGCACAAUUAGACUUUUGCU